UGUUACCAUGCAACGAGCAGACGCUUGUGAAAAGUACUAGUUCCAAAAUUGGCUAAAUUGCCUGCUGCUGUAUACAUAGCGCGCGCGUGUGUAUGUCGCUAACCUAGCUAGCUAGCUAGCCAUCAAUAAAGUUCCUAAUGUUACAACAUGGCAGACGGCUGGAGCACCGACACCGGAGAGGGUGCCUAUCGUUCCCAGGAUGCUGUCAAAAACCUUACAAUUAAGAUCCGUAUUCAGAGAGCCACCUCCACAGCAGCCCUCUCCCAACACCUUCAGCAGCAGGUUUGGACUCAACAGGAGAGGGGAGGCAUUGAGCUGGACACCCUCAACUCACAGGCUCAAUCAGGUGUUAACACUGUUUUGAAACAGAAAGAUGUCAGAUGCUUCUUAGUUGAGUAGAUGUUAUUUUCGUGGUGGCUAGAUAUGGACCACAACAUCUUGGUUUUGUUUCAGCCAGAAAUGAUGAGGAGUUAGUGGUAGGCUGGCAGGAGAAGCUGUUCAGUCAGUGUCCUUAUAACAAAUAAGAAUUUACUGUUUAGGAUAGUUUGUUGCAUACUAAGGUGUGUGUGUGUGUGUACAAUAUGAAGUGGUUUUGUUCCAGAGAUCAUGGCUCAGGAGCGGAGCAGGGGCAGACGGAACCGCAGGAUUUUCGCCUACACCGAUUCUGACUGCUACACCAAUUGGGAAGGGGUGGUUUUCAACAGAAUCUCAAUUUCUGUAACGGUUCUGUAACCAAAGACGCUGGGAGACGGGAAGCAAGUAUAGGGGGAGUAUUUAUUAAUAAAUAAACAUGAAACUAAAGAAGAACAGAGUCUGGACAAGAGAAACAGAGUCCGGGUGAGUCCGAUGAAGCGCUGGUGCACGUAAUUAUGGUGACAGUUGUGCGUAAUGAUGAGCAGCCUGGCGACCUCGAGCGCCAGAGAGAGGGAGCUGGAGCAGACGUGACAAUUUCAUUAUUCAAAACAAAGCAUUUACCUAUUUUCUGUCCAAAAGAAACGUUAGUGUUUUAAAGCUGUUUUUGAUGUACUCACUACAGCAUUCCCAGAGUAUGGUGACGCAGGUCAAGUCCAAUCCUACCUUACUGGCACAUAGGAUGGCCAAUGUCAGACACAGACGACAGGACAAACACCCAGUUGACCGCACCAUCCCCAAGUCCAGGCUGAUUACCUGGGAGCCCUCGGAGGACUUUGUGAAGACCAGCCACAUGGUCAACACACCUGUACAGACCAUGCACAUCAUGGGGACCUGGGACCACCGGGCAAACGUGGCCAAAAGGAGAAGGAAUGCUUGUGCACGAUAAGAGCAGAUGGAAAUGGAGUGGUUACCAUCAAACCAGACUUCAACAAAGGCAAGGAGCCCUACAGGCCAGUGACCCGCACCCGCUGAAGUCAAAAUGUUUUACCCCUAGCUCAAGUUGAGACGGAGGGGGAGAAGAGGGAGGUGUGGCGUCAGACCAGAGGAGACGGAACAGCAACAGUGCAUAUAUAGACCGUUAUGUACGUCAUAAAGACUACCUCAACAGCUUGGUUGGCCAGGACUGAAAUGGGUAAUGACGAUGUACAGUUGAGUCUACAGUCACAUUAUCUCUGAGUCUGAGUGGUGAUGGUGUAUUCCCAGACUGGGGUGCAACAGUACCCUGAGUAGGAACUCUGGCUGGUUCAGGCAAGCCUGGGAAAGAACUGAGAAAACGUACUAAAGAGUCAAGACAGACACCAGAAAGAGGCCCAAGAAGACUUGGAUGCAGGAACAGAGGACAGCGAGGGAUGUUCAGAACUCACUCAGUCCGGUUUGGAGAAUGACUUCUCAACCCAAGACUAAGAGCAGCUGUGAGAAAGCAUCAGUUUGGAAGCAUUUGGGAAAAUGUAAAGUGCUAAAGAAGGUUCCCGGCAAAGAGGAUUGACUGUUAUGGGUCAGAGCCAGCUCUCACAAACAGAACAUGGAAAGACAUGAUAACCUGGUGCACAACAAAAUGCAAAGAGAAAAGGCUCUCCGCAGCCGGUAAAAGGCUAGCAUGCCACGAAGAUGAAGUUCACACAGCGUUAUGUACGUCAUAAAGACUACCUCAACAGCUUGGUUGGCCAGGACUGAAAUGAAAGAAAGAUGGAUCGUAAUGAUGAGAGAAUCAAAAGAGCUUUAAGACGCCGCCCUUAUGUGUUGAAACCAGUGAGGGUGAACACCCCUGAUUCCAUGUUGUGGCCAACCGGCAAGGUGCACAGAAGGCCAAAGCCUUCUAAUUCAGUGCAGACCCCUCAGAUCCACAAAAGGCCUCCAAUCAUUGUGAGCUAUGGGCAGGACCAGACAUCUGGGGAUGGAUGGAGCAUCAAUCCAGAGCCUCUCAGCCAGUCUGGAAGGGUGACUCGGCUGAUAGAGAGAAAAUAUGAUGACGUGAUCUCAUCCUCCAGUUCUGAUGACUUUUCCAUCUACUCCUUCACUGACUGUGAAUCUGAGUGUGAUGAUGAGGAUCAUGAAAGGAGGACCCCAAAGCUGAAAGUUGAGAAUGGAAAGGUGACAAAGCUUGAUGUGAGGGAUAUGGAUGAGGAUGAUCUGUCUCUCCACUCCUUCGAUGAGUCAGACUUCCUGAGCCCAGGGAAGGUCUCAGGUCCUGUAUCUGUCAAGAAUGGCCUCUCUCCUCUUGUGACCUCAGCACACCGGACCCUGGCUGAAGCCCUACGGGCCCUGCCCUCUGCUGUAGGCUCUCCCUACCCAGUAAAUGUUCCAAGGCCUCGGACUCCUCUCAACCUUGUCAUUAUCGCUCCGCCCCGAACAGAGAACUUCCCAUACCGCCACAGCCCUCGCCUGGCUCCCAUCACCAACCUGAGCGAGACCGGCAGGAAGCUGCUCCAGGAAAUGGCUGGAGUGGCCCCACAGGAAGGGAAGGUCAAUAAGAAAAAGAAGAGCAAGGCCAAAAAGGAAUUGAAGCAAGAGAAGGCUAGUAAGACGCAACAGAUGGGAAAUGUUGGAGAAAGUAAGGAGGAGGACAAGAAAGAGGAAAAGAAGAGUCUGAAGAAGAGGUUUCUUGAGUGGCUGCUGCCCAAACUGAGAUGUUCAAAGAAAUAAUGGCCAACUAUUACUUCUACCACACACACACACAGAUUUUGAGUAUUGGUUAUUCCUACAACACACACAAACAUAAUAUCAGAGACGGGAACUAUGAUUAGCAAAAUACAUAUAUUGGUCUCAUUCUUAUAUUUUGAGACAUGCAGCAUUAUUUAAAUAAAAAUGAUAUUGAUCCCCAUACAGCCUAUGAUAAUGAGUUGGAUUUACAUGCUUAGGCUUGGAAAUAUAGCCAGGAGAAGCAGGGUCAACACCUCUACUCAUGUCAUGACAUCUUUAGUAACCACAGAGAGAUAAGACCUCUGUCUCAACAGUCUCAUCCAAAGGACAGCACCAACCUUAGGGAAGUGUCACUGGUAUUGGGGUCUUAGGUCUCCUUUGGCCAAAGUGAAGAGUUGAGGGCCCCUUACUGGUCUCCUUGCAAUAUCUGGUCUCCCACACAGAGAUGGAAAUCUACACCUGUUUAGACCUUGGAGGAUAUGGCUUCAGAUGAAAGACAGCAGAGAGAUGCAGAACGUAAAAGCUUCAAACACAUUGAUAUGCAAAUUCAGGACCAUUGUACACUGAAGUGAAGCAUGCAUCUGGUCUGAAGCAUGUCAAAAGAGUAGAAAUUAACUGGCACUGGAGGAAUACAUCACAUUUAAACUAAAUUAGCAUGUAUCUGAUUUAGCUACACUCAUCUGUACUUGAAUUGUGCUGUUUGAAACGUGCAUUUCCAAUAAAGAUUUCUAAAUUGCA